UAUAGGCUUGGUGAAGGCUGUGGUGAGGACCCAGAAUUAGACCUAAGUCGUUGAUAUUCACUGACAAAAAAAAACGACUGAUGAUGUUUCACUUUCACGAGAUGGACCGAAAUGCACAUACCAUAAGUGCAUGAUACAACAAAAUGGAACUCAAUAUAGAUAACAACACUGGACAUUGGCAUCUCCAAGUGCAAAAUGGGUUUAAAAGAUUGUUGCAAGAGAAACUUUGUUCAGAUGUGAUUUUGAAAGUUGAAAAUGAGAAAUUUGAGUGCCAUAAGAACAUUUUGUGUGUGUUUUCAUCCUAUUUUGGAUGCAUGUUCCAGUCCGGGAUGCUGGAGUGUCAGGACAAGGUGGUUGAGCUGAGAAUGGUGGAAGCAGGCCCUCUGAGAUUGUUGAUUCAGUACAUGUACACUGGUAUCAUAGACAUGAGUCCACAAAAUAUUGUUAAAGUGCUAUGGACAGCCACAUUCCUCCAGAUGGAUGGCUUCCUGAACUGGAUGUGUCAUCAUAAAAGUCUGGACAAAUACAUACACUUGGAUAAUUUCUGGGACUUGUGGUGUUUGGCAGACAGCCACCAUGAUUGUGUCUUCUUGAAAGAUCCUUUGAAUGACUUUAUUUUAACACACUUUGAAAAAGUUUACAAGACACCGGGAUUUGAAGAGAAUAUAACUUCUAAAGACCUUUUAUCCAUGCUGAAUAAUAAAGGAUUAAGGGUGAAGAAUGAAGACAUGGCUCUUCAUUCUGUCCUUCAAUGGGUAAAUCAUGACAGAGAAACAAGGAUGGUAGACCUGCCAAAGCUGAUAGAGGCAGUGCGUUUACCACUGUGUCAGAGGAAUAGUCUGCAGCAGCUCAAGUGUAGCCUCAGAGGGGAUGGAGAAAGAUCUGUAUUGAACCAUCUGAAAAUGGCAGAACAGUACCAACAGGACUAUGGAGGACAGAUGCGUUUCACUACUGCACAGAGCCAGUACAGACCACACACUGGCAAGGAGAAAGUCCUUAUCCUUAUAAAUGAGGAGAAAGAAACACAUGAUCUUUCAGAUGAGGAUAUCUGUUACCCCUCCAUCUCAUUUAUCCGUCAUUCUUCCACCUGGACAUAUGAGCUUGAUGGAAUGUUGACUGUGCUUCCAUACAGCUUCAGACCAGGGGCCUAUACUACCUGUACAUAUGCAGAAAGCUGUGUGUACCUCUAUGGGUACCGACAACAAACCAACGCCUUCUUUUACUACUCUGCCAUCACAGAUAAGUGGCAGUGUCUAGAGCCCUGUCCUGGAGCCUAUAGGGUGGGUGCCCACAUCGUUGCUGUCAGAGACAGGGUGUAUCUGUUUGGGGGAGAGGAAGUAGGUGAGGGUACGUUGCUGUCUGCUGUUUAUGUGUACAAUGUCACAAAUAAUCACUGGGACUCCAACCCAUUCUGUCAUCUUCAGACUCCUGUUUCUAAAUUUAUGAAGGGUUGUCUUGGUGAUAAGAUUUAUGUUUUUGGAGGUCUGUCAGCUUCAGGUUAUACUGCUAGUGCACUGAGAAUUGGUGAAGACAUUGUGCAGUGUAUAGACACCACCACUCAGUCCUGUUCUAUCAUAUGUCACUCAGACCUUGUCAGGGGAGUAGUGUCCAUGGGUUGUGCCUGUAGCUGCCAUGCUGAUGGUACUGUACAUAUUGUCUAUAAAGACAGCACCAAUUCGCUACUUGUACUCAAGUUUGACCCAGACUCAUUAACAAAAUUUGAAGUUGUAGGUUCUAUUCCAACCACUAUUGACACUGUAGACCCAAGUAAAUGUAGUCUGGGAAUGGUGAAACAAGACUGCAGUCUAUUAUUAGCUAGUACACAAAGUGCAAUGCACAUUGGCUGUAUUACAAACUUUGAUUUGAAGUCCAAAGUAAAAACAGGUAGAGAUUUAAGAGUAUUCAUACAUGAUAUGAAGGUUGUAGAAUUUCACUAUUUGGUUUUGACCGAUGAAGUUAUGAAUAUAUAGUGGUAUAAGGAGUCUACUGUAAGUUUAUACAAAUAUUUAGAUUAUACAUGAGUAAACUUAUUUAAAAACUUCCAUGAUACUGUGGUAGAAAUAUUAAUACUGUCGGUUUACUGUUGUUACAGAGAUUCUGUGGUAGAUAUACUGUCGGUUUACUGUUGUUACAGAGAUUCUGUGGUAGAUAUACUGUCGGUUUACUGUUGUUACAGAGAUUCUGUGGUAGAUAUACUGUCGGUUUACUGUUGUUACAGAGAUUCUGUGGUAGAUAUACUGUCGGUUUAGUGUUACAGAGAUGCUGUGGUAGAUAUACUGUCGGUUUACUGUUGUUACAGUGAUACUGUGGUAGAUAUACUGACGGUUUACUUGUUACAGAGAUGCUGUGGUAGAUAUACUGUCGGUUUACUGUUGUUACAGAGAUUCUGUGGUAGAUAUACUGUCGGUUUACUGUUGUUACAGAGAUUCUGUGGUAGAUAUACUGUCGGUUUACUGUUGUUACAGAGAUGCUGUGGUAGAUAUACUGUCGGUUUACUGUUGUUACAGAGAUGCUGUGGUAGAUAUACUGUCGGUUUACUGUUGUUACAGUGAUACUGUGGUAGAUAUACUGUCGGUUUACUGUUGUUACAGAGAUGCUGUGGUAGAUAUACUGUCGGUUAACUGUUGUUACAGAGAUGCUGUGGUAGAUAUACUGACGGUUUACUGUUGUUACAGAGAUGCUGUGGUAGAUAUACUGACGGUUUACCGUUGUUACAGAGAUACAGGGGUAGAUAUACUGUCGGUUAACUGUUGUUACAGUGAUGCUGUGGUAGAUAUACUGUCGGUUUACUGUUGUUACAGAGAUGCUGUGGUAGAUAUACUGUCAGUUUACUGUUGUUACAGAGAUGCUGUGGUAGAUAUACUGUCGGUUUACCGUUGUUACAGAGAUGCUGUGGUAGAUAUACUGUCGGUUUACUGUUGUUACAGAGAUGCUGUGGUAGAUAUACUGUCGGUUUACUGUUGUUACAGAGAUGCUGUGGUAGAUAUACUGUUGGUUAACUGUUGUUACAGUGAUACUGUGGUAGAUAUACUGUCGGUUUACUGUUGUUACAGUGAUACUGUGGUAGAUAUACUGUCGGUUAACUGUUGUUACAGAGAUACCGGGGUAGAUAUACUGUCGGUUUACUGUUGUUACAGAGAUGCUGUGGUAGAUAUACUGUCGGUUAACUGUUGUUACAGAGAUGCUGUGGUAGAUAUACUGUCGGUUUACUGUUGUUACAGAGAUACCGGGGUAGAUAUACUGUCGGUUUACUGUAACAGAGAUGCUGUGGUAGAUAUACUGUCGGUUUACUGUUGUUACAGAGAUGCUGUGGUAGAUAUACUGUCGGUUUACUGUUGUUAACAGAGAUGCUGUGGUAGAUAUACUGUCGGUUUACUGUUGUUACAGAGAUACCGGGGUAGAUAUACUGUCGGUUUACUGUUACAGAGAUGCUUUGGUAGAUAUACUGUCGGUUUACUGUUGUUACAGUGAUACUGUGGUAGAUAUACUGUCGGUUUACUGUUGUUACAGAGAUGCUGUGGUAGAUAUACUGUCGGUUUACUGUUGUUACAGUGAUACUGUGGUAGAUAUACUGUCGGUUUACUGUUGUUACAGAGAUGCUGUGAUAGAUAAACUGUCAGUUUACUGUUGUUACAGAGAUGCUGUGGUAGAUAUACUGUCGGUUUACUGUUGUUAACAGAGAUGCUGUGGUAGAUAUACUGUCGGUUUACUGUUGUUACAGAGAUACCGGGGUAGAUAUACUGUCGGUUUACUGUUACAGAGAUGCUUUGGUAGAUAUACUGUCGGUUUACUGUUGUUACAGUGAUACCGUGGUAGAUAUACUGUCGGUUUACUGUUGUUACAGAGAUGCUGUGGUAGAUAUACUGUCGGUUUACUGUUGUUACAGUGAUACUGUGGUAGAUAUACUGUCGGUUUACUGUUGUUACAGAGAUGCUGUGAUAGAUAAACUGUCAGUUUACUGUUGUUACAGAGAUGCUGUGGUAGAUAUAUACUGUCGGUUUACAAUAAACCAUAUUAUUUUUUUAACUACAAUGUUGAUCUAUUGAUACACUGUAAUAUCUAGAUCUGUUGAAAUUAAAUGUGUGGUUUGAUUGUUGUGGUCUUUUGUUUCAAACUUUGGGUACCAUAAUUAUAAACUGAGAUCCAGGUAUUGGUAGGUAUUGGCUGCUGUAUUAGAUGCUUUUCUAUCCUAAUUUUCUCGAAAUCUAGAUUUUUUGGGGGGAAAAAUAUUAAUUGAAUUUUGCAAAAAAAAGGCGAUGUUUUCAAAUAUCGGAGGAAAAAUUCCACAAUUCUCAGUAAACAUUUAGUGUUUUACAAGAAGAAUCCUAUUUUAUUAGAAAAACUUUACCUACAAACAAACAAUAUUUUGUUGGACAUUUUGAAUAUUUUUUUGCAUAUAAUAAUUACUUUUUCAUUGAUGAAAUCAUGUCACCUUGCUUGUGGUGAUAGAUCAUGGUAAAUGUUAGAUUAUGGAAGAAUAAAAACAUGACUUAUCAACAUGACCAUACUAUUUGAAUAAAAAUGAUACAACACAUUA